AUGCAAUACGCAGAAUAAAUAUUAUUUGCUAUAGUUUUUGGAAUUAUAUUUAUCUUUGCUAUCUAACAUACUGACCAUUCUGAAACUAAUCAUAAAUACGGAUUAUUAGGUGCUUUAUUCGUAUUUGUAGCCGAAGGUACAUUAAAAAACUACAAAGGUCCAUUUUUGAGACCAAACGAGGCUUUUUGGCGCGGAGUAUUAAGAUUUUGUUUAAUAUAUCUUUGUGCAUUAGUGUUUUUAUGCUUUCAAAAUAAUAUAGACGUUCGUUCUUUAUUUAAAUACCUUUAUCCUGAAUUAGGUUAACCUGUUCCUCAUUCAAUGCACACUUAUGAUGAUAAUUGUGACCUUGAAUUCGAGAAUAUAUUGGAUAAUUUUGAUCAUUAUUUCCUUAUUCAUUUAAUUAAUUGGUUUUUUGCGUCAUUAAUAGUACGUGAUGCUUACAUAUUACACUCAUGGUCAAUUUUAGAUGAAUUAAUAGAACUUUCUGCAUAACAUGUACUUCCACAUUUUAGAGAAUGUUGGUGGGAUCAUGUUUUUUUAGAUGUUUUAUUAUCAAAUACAACUGCAAUAAUUCUCGGUUUAUACGUUGUAGAUUUUUUAGGAUUUGAAAAAUACGAUUGGUUAGGUCGAAAAGGGAAAAAAAAUUACAAAGAAUGGUCAAUUUGGCAAUGUCAUAGGCGUUUCGGGGCAUUAUUAGUGAUUUUUUUGGUUAUUAUAUGUAAUUUUUUAUGCGGUUUUUUCUUAAUAAACUCCUUAUGGAUUCCUCCUAAAAAUUGGUUGAAUAUAUAUAGACUUUUAGUUUGGUUUUUAUUAUCUAAUUUAGCUUUUAAGGAAAUAUAUACCGAUAUAAAAACCUGGGGAACAGAAGAAAGAGUUAAAAAUCCAAUUAGCGGAAAAUGUAGAUGGAUUACUUUCUUUAUUUGCUUUACCGAAACUUUCAUUUCAAUUAAAUUUAGUGGAGAUGCCGGAAAUAUUAUUUAUGGGGUAAAAACACCUUUAUAUGUGAGUUUACCUUGGAUCAUUUUAGGAGCAAUUUCUUUUGGAUAUUAUUUGUAUUUGAGAUUAAAUAAAAAUUAUACGAGAAAAUAUCCACUUCAUUAUUAUAAAAAAGGAGAGGCUAAAAAAUUCGAUUGAUU